GUGGAAGGGCGGGAAGGGCUUCCCAGUCGGGUCCCUCAAGCUCUGUCGGGCCGGCGGGGCAGCUGCAACAGGCCUGACUGCGCCUGGAUCUGGCCCUCUUGUGCAAGUCUUUCGACAGAGACAGCUGGAGACUGUAGGAAGACACAUGCCAGAUAUCAGAUUUUGCGUAAGGCUAAGACAUCUAUCCAGAAGUUGGAGCAAACCUUGUGUUCUUUGCUGAAGAUGAAAGAGAGCUACAGUCUGGAGGAUGGGAACCCAUCCAGCUUGGAGGAAGUCAGGGAGGAAUAUGUCAAGAGGCAAUUCAGCAAUCACAGCAUUAUAUCAGCCCCAGAAGACAUGAGUGAAAGUGACUCUGCCAUCUGGUAUUUGAUUCAAGAAUGUGAAAAACAAACACUGGAAGAAGAUGGGAAGCCAGAAUUGAUCCAGUUUUCAGACACUUCUUCCUCGGACCUGGUGGAAUUUGAGCGAUACCUGUAUUUUUAUAAGCAUACAAUGGACCUGCUGAUAGAGCAUGGAAUUGUUUGCACUGGAGAGGUGCCUCUUCCUGAGGUCUCCACAGCUAUUUCCCAUUUCUGGCAAGAGCUUUCUGAAGAAAGCAGGGACAGCAUCUUGCAGUACUGUAGUCAGAGAGAUUUCCUCGUGGAUCCCAAGGCUUCUGGCCAAGAGCCUGCAUGCACUGAAGGUAGUGUGAGGGACAGCGGAGGUAACAGUGAGGAAGCCAGUGGUUCCUUAGUCUCCACACCAGAGGAAGUAAUGUUUGAAGAUGCAUUUGAUGUUGCUGCUGGUUUCCUUGACAGAAGCAAGACUCAAGGAAUAUCUAGCCAGAGUUCAGCAAUUGCAAGCUGCAAUUCUGAAAAUCCAGAGGAUCACCACAGACUUUAUCUGCUGGUCACUGACUUCCUAAAACGCCUCUUCUUCACUAAUACACAGUUCUUCCAGGAAGAAGAUCUUCCAUACGAUUAUGAGACUGUGAUGCUGAGGUGCACUGAGACCUUCGAUGAUGAAGAUUUCUAAACAGUAUCUUUCUUUGGUAAAGUUUUGCCAAGCAGUGCCAGGUACACCAGGCACGUGAAGAGGCUUCACCUCUUUCAGUGAAGCACCUCUCAGAGCAGUGUAUGGAGACACUGUGUUGAAGUGGUUUGUUACCAUUGACUUCUCCUUCCCUCAUUAGUACUUCUUGAUGUAUCAGUUGAGUAAUUUAUACUUUUUAAAAGUCUUAAAGGUUUUAGCUAUUUAUUAUAUCUUAAUAAAUGCUUUUAUCCAUCGCUAUUUAAUGUUAAACAUCACCUCACAAAUAAACUGAGGCAUGUACAGUUAAGUGGCCUUGCCUAGCAUAACCUGUGGAAGAGCAGCAGAGAGGCCACAUCAGUGGCAGCCUGCACACUACCAUAGGAUGCAGGUCUCAAACUGCAACCUGUAAAAAUCACCACCCUGACAGUGAUUACUUUUCUGGUGCAGUUUUUUCAGCUUGGGCUGACAAGGAAAGAUGGAUUUCCUCACAAAGAGUGGGAUGAGGCUCUUCUGUCUCUUUAUGAGGACAGCAGCAGUGGGCACCCAGUCCCAAAAAGUGCAGGCACAAUAACACACUUUGGAUUAUUUACUUUUGCAAAGUGUGUAAAGCUGAGUGAUCAGCCCUGUGCUCUUCUUCCAUAUUUAAUUCUUUGAUGAAUAGUGCUGCUCAAAUAGUGUCUUAGAAUUA